UUGUGUUCCAAACUGCAAUUUCAAACAGAACUGCGUAAAAACAUGGCGUAGAUGAAACAAAUAUAACGAUCUGAGAAAAAAAUUGGGAGUCAGAAAGCCACACGAAAAUAAAUAUUUGUCGACAAAACCCUAGUAGAAAUGAAAGGAACAAGGUUCUAAAGAUAAAUUAUUUUAAAUAUGGAGAAGGAAGGCAAUAUCGAUGAUCUUGGGAAAUCAUUUUCUAGAAGUUCUGUUGCUAAUAAUGACAGCUCAGCUGCGACAAAAACAGACAUUGAUUGUGGGAGCUUUUCCUCAGAAAAGUUCACAGUCAUUGAUGCAACAGAUGAAUAUGACGACAAUCUACAAAAUCUGUCCAGCAUGGCGGUAAGUAGUGGACAUUUUACUGUGGAUGGAGACAUAUCUUUUCAAAAGAUAAAACUUGACGAAGAAAACAUUGAAAAAGAGUUAGGCAAGGUAUUUAAAGGUCCUAAAAAUUCAAAAGAAACAGGCAACACUGUAUCUGAAUUACACAAGUGUGUAGAAGAAGAAGUACAGGAAGAUAUUUUUUCCAAACUAGCGAAGGUAUGCCAAUGCUCCAAGAAAAUCGCAGAGAAUGUUCCGGUAGCCGAAUCUGUGGCUAAAACCCUUGGAACAAUAACAAGUAUUUUUCAAGAUGUCGGAGAUAAAAUGAGAGUGAAUGUCCAAAAAAUCCAAGAAGAUGAAACAUAUGCACCUUUUGAGCGAUUUCAAGAUUCUGAAAUUACGUCAGAAGCAUGUGGACUUGAAGAUCUGUUUUACACAACACACGCGUACUUAAAAGGAAUUCAUGACGAGGCAAAUGACGAAGAAAUAAAGACUCUUCAGGAUAGAGUUCCGAUUUAUAAAGGAGUAGAAUUUCUGGGAAAACUAAAGGCAAAGAUAGAAAAUCUUAUGACAAAACCAGACAUAAAGUCUGUUAGUCGUGCUGUCGCUUACAUAGAUCUCUACUCACGCUUGGCGAUUUUGAGGACAUUAGUUCUAUGGCAACUUUAUGCAAUAAAGAAAAGUAGUAAUGUUGACCAAGCUAGCACUAGUGGCGUUUACGCCGUUAUCAAGGAAACCGACAAGACAGAUUGCGAAAUGGUGGAGAACGUUACGAAACCAAGUUUCGAGAAAAUUGUCUUCUUGACCAUUUUCAACCCAACAGAACUUAGACAUUUUCAGCAUUUCAUGCGUGUGAAAUCCAUUAACCCUUUUCGGUUAGAUGAAGAUGAUACCUUUUGCUCUAAAAUGCAUCUUAUUCGCCCAGCAAAAUGGCCUGAAUGGCAUAUGAAGUUUGGAUGGGAUAGACAAGGAUCAAUUUGGGGAGAGAAAAAUUUACGAAAAAGAGCUUGCAAGUUUCUUUUUGAAGAAGUUAAAGAACGAGUAAUUGAUAACAUUUUUCAUAUCAGGUCUGUGAAGUAUCCUACCUAUUACAUGAUUAUGGAAAGUGGACAACUCGGAUAUUGUGGGUCUGUAGAAGGUUUACCUGGACCAGAAGGAAAAUGGAAGAUCAUCAGGUUCAUUGAAGAUAGACUGCCCUAUUAUGUAAUGUCUCCCUUGAGCAGGCCUUGCUUUUUUAUUUACAUGACAUCCAGUCCAACGGGGCAUGUGAGAGGAGCAUAUGAUUUACAGGAAAUACGUUCGAAAGGAGUCUGGCAAGUCAUUGAUGUGGACAGCGAAAGAUAAUAAAUAAUCUG